AGCCCAGUCAGUGACUGCCUUAGAUCCCCUCUUAGCUACAAUGGCACUUUCACAUUUUUUUGAGAAUUUUACACCAUUUUUCUGGAUUUUUUCCUAAUAGGGAAAGCGACCAACGACCUUAUGUAAGCCUGCGUAUAGGAUUUUGAUGUCAUGGAUGGAGGUUUGUUCAGUGCUCAUAUUCUUCAAAGCUUAAUUGAUUGAAUGAUAUCAUCUCAUCAACUUUAGGGUGACCGUCCAAAAGCGUAUGGAUGCCUAAGGACAAACUAAAAAUCAACUACUCUUGAUGUAAUGGGGAGAACUGGUCCCAUUUUCUUAUGUAGAAUGAAAGAGAUACCAUAUAUCUUGUGAUAUCACAGUAGUUAUGUCGAAUCAUACUUUUGAGUCAAGGAUAACUAUAACCGCCAUAGAGGGAUGUUUUUGUUCCUUUCUGUGAUGACAGGAAUGCAUCAUCCAGCUUAUCUGCCGGUUGAUUACUGUAAUACAUAUAGCCUUCUGUUUUGAUGCCCAUGGCAGCAAGUGAGUGAUUAGCAAUAGUUUAGUUUCAGAGUCUAAUCUAAGUAAGUGUUAUUUGGAACUAAGAUAUGAAUGAAGGUACCAUGCGAGUGAUUAGCAAUAGUUUAGUUUCAGAGACUAAUCUAAGUAAAUGUUAUUUGGAACUAAGAUAUGAAUGAUGGUACCAUAAAAAUGUAAUAGUGCAUUGAUGAAGGUCAUCUAAUGUCUUGUCAGAGUCUAGCCGUGCUUUGAGGGGAUCAGCAUUUGGUAGGUGGUUAGUUUAAGGCACGAGAUAAAUAAAUAAUUACCACAGGAGUCUCCAAUGCCUCUGGAGCAAAAGUUGGAUUGUUAUCGAACAGAAGCUGAUGUUUUUUAAAUUUUUAUGCGACCUUUUUUUGAUAAAGCUUCCAUGUAAGAUUAGUUUUUAUUAUUUUAUUUACUUCCCAUGAAUUGUGAAGGUGAUACCGCUUAUGAUGGGGCCAGCUUUUAAGGUACAAAGAGUAUGAUGUGGGGUACAAUCUCACGCUUGUAUUGAAGAGCAAAGGUGAGGACCAUGGAAGAACUUCAGAGAUUGGUGGGAGUAUUAACCAGUAGUGUAAAACAACAUGGCGACAGGAUAGUAAGAACUGGGCAUUGCCAUUCGAAUCUGAUUUUGAUAUUUUUUCACCUGAAAUAUAAAGCUGAUGCUCUUUGUUUUCUAAAUUGGCGCCGAAGUAAUCGAAUCCAGGCUGGUUCGAGGAAGGACAUAGAAACUCAUUUUCUUUGGCUGUGGAAAGCAUCCUAUCCAUCCUGGUUCAGCUAUAAGAACUGAAUGUAGGAGCAUCAGACACUGUCGGUACUGGCACACCUUGGCACGAGUCCUUUUACAUACGACUUCUUGUUAUCUGGCUACUUUUGUCCUCUAGUCCACCCCUUAUACUCACAGCAGUAGUAUCUACCCUUCUUGCAGGCCAAGUAGCAUUAACAAACCUUGUCUAGUUCUUAGUAUUGGCUGGUAGAGACCCCAGUAUUACAACUUUUAGUUGGUAUCUUACAUUUUUGUUGAUAUCACCAAAUCCCCACUCUCCAACUCCCUCAAUUCCUUAUGGCAUCCAGGAGCUCAAAACCCAAUAGAAGAGGAGGAGGAGGAAGGCACAGUUCCAAUUCCAAUUCUAGGCAGUUUUCCCUACCUCAUAAUCAGCAACCUAACUGGAGAGAAAGGAAUACUACAAGUAGUUAUGAAGACAAUAGAACUCAUUCUAACAACAUUAACUCCAACACCAGAGGAUUUAUGCUCUCAAAUACCGCAACAGAGUAUUACUCAUACCAACACCACUACAACCAGCAGCAACUGUUGCAUUAUGCUCACCCCCAGGAUUUUUACUACUAUCCAUCCUAUGCCCCACUUCAAGUUCUUCCACCCCCCGUUGCAGCAACCCACUUCUACAACAGCAACAGCACCGUGCAAACAUCAGCUCCUGUACCGUCGCUUCAUAGACCACCCUCCAGUCAGCCUCAAAACAUUACGAUUCAAAGCAGAAAGAGUCUUGGCAAAGUGUUCAACUCUGAAGGUCAGAACGCAAGAGCAGCUGCAGAAGUUUCAGAAUCUCUGGUUUCCCUAAUGGAGAAGGUGGAGGUAACCCUGGAACCCAGUACUUCUUUGAUGAAUAACUCUCCAAGGGAUGUUCCUACCUUUCCCAAACAUCUACUAAGUGAAGUAGACAAAAAUUUGCCUGGAAUUCCUUUGCCUCUUGUGGCAAUAAGAAGACCUGAUCAGGGAGGUAAAGAAGGGCCCCCAAUUUGUCUUCUUGCCAAUCAUUUCCUUGUUGAGUUUGAGCCUUCACAGCAGAUCUUCCACUAUGAUAUGGAGAUAUCCCCCCCGCCAUCCAAGGAGGUAGCCAGGCAUCUGAAGCGUAAAUUAGUUGCAGAAAAUGCCGCUCUUCUAUCAAAUGCUCUCCCUGCUUUUGAUGGUCGAAAGAACUUGUACAGUGCUGUUGAAUUUCAGAAGGAGAAGAUGGAGUUCUUUGUUUCUUUGCCUAUGAGAACUGCCAGAGGCAUUUCAACUUGUGAGCCCAACAUCCAUCUAUCAUUAGCUUCGGGUUGUGAAGCCGGAGGCAGCAGCAAUCGUGAGAAAUUGUUUAAGGUGUCCAUCAAGAUUGCAUCAAAGCUUAAUGGGAAGGAAUUGAAUGAGUUUUUGAAGAACAAAGAAGAUCAUGCUGCUCUUCCUCAGGACUUUAUACAAGCAUUGGAUGUUGUUCUUAGGGAGAACCCAACAGAGAAAUGCUUUCCUGUUAGCAGAUCCCUGUAUUCUAGCUCCAUGGGAAGUGAAGUCAUAGGUGGAGGAGCAGUUGGAUUGCGAGGUUUUUUCCAAAGUCUUAGAGCUACCCAGCAAGGGUUGGCUUUGAACGUAGACUUCUCUGUGACUGCAUUUCAUGAAAGCAUUGGUAUAAUUCCAUACCUGCAGAAGAGAUGUGAAUUUCUGCAUGAUCUCCCACUGAGGAAGUCAAGAAUGUUGUCUCCAGAAGAAAAAAAUGAAGUAGAAAAAGCUUUGAAGAAUAUGAGGAUCUUUGUUUGCCAUAGGGCCACUGAUCAGAGGUACAAGGUCCAUAGCUUGACUGAUGGAGUCACAGAUGUUCUUACAUUCAAAGAACGUGAUGGAAAGGUUAUCCGAGUUGUGGACUAUUUCAAGGAGCAUUACAAUCAUGAAAUUGAAUACAUAAACUUGCCCUGCUUGCAGAUAAGCAGAAGCAAACCUUGUUACCUCCCAAUGGAGCUCUGUAUAAUUUGUGAAGGUCAAAAGUUUCUUGGAAAGCUCUCAGAUGAUCAAACUGCCAAAAUUCUGAGAAUGGGUUGCCAAAAGCCCCGUGAAAGAAAAGCCAUAAUCAAGGGAGUCCUUGGAGGGGCAGUUGGACCUAGAAGUGGGAACUAUGCCAAAGAAUUCAAGAUUUUUAUAUCUCAGGAAAUGACCAAAUUAAAUGGGAGAAUUCUUCACCCGCCAAAGCUUAGACUUGGGGAUGGGGGCCAUAUUAGAGAUCUUACUCCAGUUCGGCAGGAUAGACAGUGGAAUUUGCUUGAAAGCCAUGUUGUUGAAGGCAGAGAUAUAAAAAGAUGGGGACUGAUAAGCUUUGGAGGGAAUGCUGAGCAGCGGAGAAAUGUGGGUAAGUUCAUCUCAGAAUUGGCUCAAAGGUGUAAUCAACUAGGAAUAUCCCUAAGUAGAUCUACUGUUGUGAGUCCUCAAUUUGAACUAAUGCAGACGCUAGACAAUGUAAAGCUUCUUGAAACAAAGCUGACAAAAAUAUAUGAGAGUGCAUCAAGCAAGCUGGAUCUAUUAGUGUGUGUUAUGGAAAGAAAACAUAAAGGAUAUGCAGAUUUAAAGCGGAUCUGUGAGACUAGUAUAGGUGUUGUAACCCAAUGUUGUCUCUAUUCACACUUAAACAAACUCUCUUCACAAUACCUUGCAAAUCUCGCCUUGAAGAUAAAUGCCAAGGUUGGUGGUAGCACUGUGGCUCUCUACAAUCCACUGCCAAAGCAGCUGCCUCGAUUGUUCAGCAAGCCUGCCAUUUUUUUGGGUGCAGAUGUCACCCAUCCACACCCUCUAGAUGAUAAGAGCCCUUCUAUUGCAGCUGUUGUAGCUAGCAUGAAUUGGCCAGCUGCAAAUAAAUAUGUAGCUCGAAUGAGAUCACAAGGACACAGGAAAGAAAUUAUUGAGGGAUUGAAAGAAAUGGUGGGAGAGUUAUUGGAAGAUUACAGAGAAGAAGUGAAGCAACUUCCAGCAAGGAUUGUGUUCUUCCGAGAUGGGGUGAGUGAAGGACAGUUUUACAAAGUACUGGAUGAUGAGCUAAGAGCAUUGAAGGCUGCUUGUCAAAGAUUUGAAAAUUAUGAUCCCACUAUUACAUUUGCUGUGGUACAGAAGCGGCAUCAUACAAGGUUGUUCCCUAGUGAUGGGCAAGCCACUACACCAGGCAAUUCUUUGUCUGGUGUACGUGUCCAUCGUACAGUCAAUCGAAAUACUUCACAUGGAGGGAAGCAGUUUUCUUCAUCUUCUGAUGCCUUCGAAAAUAUUCCUCCAGGCACUGUAGUAGAUACUCUUAUCACGCAUCCCAGAGAAUUUGACUUCUACUUAUGCAGUCAUUCUGGCAUUAAGGGCACAAGCAGGCCAACUCAUUAUCAUGUUUUAUGGGAUGAAAAUAAUUUUCUGUCUGAUGAGCUGCAGACACUUAUUAAUAAUCUUUGCUAUACAUUUGUCAGGUGCACAAAACCAGUCUCUUUGGUGCCUCCUGCAUACUAUGCUCAUCUUGCUGCCUAUCGAGCUCGUCUAUAUUUGGAUAAGUCUUCGGGUAUAUCUGAAACAUCUUGCUGUAGACCCACUUGUUCUUCUGAUUUAUCUAAUAGAAGUGUGCAUUCCAGACCUUGCCCUCCAAUAGAACCUCCACCUCUUCCAAAACUAAAUGAAAAUGUGAAGAAAUUAAUGUUCUACUGCUGAAAAACCUGAGAUUUUUAUGAAGAUUAUAUGAAGAUCUUAGAAGAGAGCAUUUGUAAAUCAAGCCUGAUUUUCCUAAGCAAGCUGAUAUUUCAACAAUUUUGUAGGCUUUUUGGUGUAGUUUGCUGAUAUUUCUCAGUUUGAUAUCAACAUUAUGAAGGUCCUGGAUAUGCAAUAAGGGAGCAUAAAUAUACAAAAGAGAUUUCUAACUGUUUGAGAUAGAUUGAGAAAAAUAUAUCACUGACACUUAGGGAAUUUUGAUUUCAGUGACUUCAAAGGUCAAUUGCUACUGAAAUUCUUAUGCUGCUAAACACUUGUCAAGCAGAUAUCAUACGUUGUUUUGUAUCGAAUGCAUCAAAUAUGAAAUAAUAUACCGGGUUAAACGAUGCAACUUUUUCUCGUUAA